AUGCUCUCUCUAGCAUGUCUGUGUCUCCUUGUGCUGAAACUUGCAGAAGGCACCGGCACAUGCGAGACCCCGGGCAGCAGGUGUCAGGGGAAUGACACGACGGGGCUCCUUCAGCUCCAGAGUCAUCAAGGUCGCCUGGUAGGCCUUGAGGUCGUUCAGGGGUGCUGCGUCGUGGUCGACGCCUCGAACAUGUCGAAGCCAGUGCUUGCUCGCACGGAGAUGGGGACCUCCCCGGAGUGUUACAGCAAUGCGUCGGAAGCGCAAGAUCCUGCCGGCUACAUCCGCUACUUCACGCGUGGGUGCCCAGACGACCUCGUCGAAAACAUCCUCGAGGGCUUGAAGGCGGACGCCGGCACGGCGGGUGUGGAGGAUGCCGAUGUGGAGGAGGCUGUGCCGGGACAGCCGGAGGCACCUUCCUUGGCCUUAACCAUGGCUGGAAGCAGUGUGGAGCGAAAUGCGGCUUCGGGCUACUACGUCUUCGAGAGCUUUCAAGGCACUUGGCCAGAACCUGACCCAGCCAAAAUUACCUACCAGUCUUCCUACAAAGGGACCGUUUCCACCGGUGGCAUAGGCUACACGCCGUACCGUUGCCUCACGCCGCAACUCUUUGGUGCAAUCUGGCGAUCGCCGACGUUCCCUGUCACGAGUGCCGUCGGGACUACAAUGCAGUUCUAUAUCUAUGUGACGGCAAACACUGUAGGUAGUGCAAUCGUCGGCUUUGACACCGAUCCUCUGAUGUCGGGUACCAAACAACUACUCAUAUACAAAAGCUAUUACAACGGUGUGCCGCACCUUUACAUGCAGUUUCGGGAUCGGACCAACUGGGGCAAUUGGAAUGUUGUUGGGGGGCAAGCUGUUUACCAGCUUUCAGCUCUCCAAACACAAUGGCUGCGGGUUCUCAUCCAGGUGGUCUCCACAACAGAAGUGGUUGCCCGGCUCUACGAUAGCAGCGAAAGCAGGAGGAUGACGCUCAUGGCAGACUUCGCCAGCGUGGGCCGCACGAUCUCCGACUCCGGGACGGCAUACCUGUACCUCUAUUACCCUUACCACGUCUACCUGGAUCACAUGGCGACUUGCCAAGCUAUCAUCCUCAAAGAGCUCCCCACCGACGCGGGGCAAUGCAGGUCAGCUCAAACCCCCUUUAGAGACGAAUGCAUCCUGGGGGUUUCCUACAUCUGCACACCCUCGAAUGCUGCGCCUCUUCCCUUGGGCACGACCCAAAUCUCGUGCGAAAGCUCGGAUGGCUACACGUUCAGCUUCGAGACCGAGGUGAAGGACACCGAGCCUCCGAUCUUGAGCAAAAGCUUCGCGGACGUCAUAGAAGUGACAACAUGCGGCCAGCUUGCUCAGGUAACUUUCGCGGUUGAGGCUUCCGAUAACUGCGACACUGUUACACCCACUUGCAUCCCCCCGUCGGGCAGCUUAUUUCCUGUGGGCGCCACAAACGUCACCUGCACCGCACAGGAUUCCGCGGGCAAUGCCGCAACCAUGACCUUUCAAGUGAUGGUCGCAGGCGACACCACGCCACCUGAAUCGCCGGUGGUAUCGCCCGUCAAUCCCACCGGCGAUGCUGGCAGCUGUGGUGACAGUGCCGAGGUCAUCUUUGACGCAACGUUUACCGAUGAGUGCCAGCCGGUCAGUGUGCUCUGCACCCCGUCCUCCGGAUCUUCGUUUCAGCUUGGAAGUACUCCCGUGGAAUGCACGGCAGCAGAUCCUUCGGGAAACACCGUCACGGUAAGCUUUGACGUGACGGUGACCGGCGGGGACAGUGUCGCACCUGUCAUCACGCAGCUUGCUGACAUCGAUGAUGUGACAACAUGUGGGGAGACAGCCCAGGUAACCUUCGUGGUGGAGGCUUCCGAUAACUGCGACACUGUUACGCCCACUUGCACCCCUCCGUCCGGGAGCUUAUUUCCUGUGGGAACCACAAACGUCACCUGCACCGCACAGGAUUCUGCAGGCAAUGCGGCAACUCCGAUGACCUUUCAAGUGAUGGUCACAGGCGACACCACGCCGCCGGCCUUUGACCCGACCCUUGUGAACAAGACCGCGGAUGCCGGCUGUGGCGACUCUGCCCAGGUAAGCUUCGAAGCUGUGGCGACCGAUGCAUGCGGCCCUCCCCAAGUCUCUUGCACCCCAACGUCCCUGAGCCUCUUCCCAGUUGGCAGCACCACGGUGCAGUGCACCGCAAGAGAUGCAUCGGGUAACGAAGCCACCGAGAACUUCGUGGUCACCGUCCUCAAGGGCGUGGAGCCGCCUAGCUUCGGCCCGACUUCAGAUGUCGAAGUGCACAGCCCGUACUGUAAGGCCAUGCGAGUUCAGUUCGACGUGCCUGUCAACGGGGGUUGUGGACACGGAGCCGAAUGCUUUCCGGCCUCGGGAUCCAUUUUUCGACUGGGCAAGACCCCGGUCACGUGCACCGCCUCCAACGACGCCGGCUCGGCGGAGACGACCUUCAACGUGAACGUGUACUGCGAUCCUCCUCAUCCUCCUCGCUACCGACAUCGCUGGGGUCUCCAGCUUCCCCACUUCGAGGGCGGAGGAUGCAACUCUUCCCUGGCAAAGGCGCCGGAGGGUGUGGCGAAGAGCGGUGCCGAGUCUGAUGAUGUUCGGAAGUCGCUGCCCCAAGGCAGCGAAGUUCGACAAGUUCCUGCUCAUGUACAGCAUUACACUGCACAAGAAGCCACAAUUCGCUUCAACGAGCCUGUCUAUCUGAUGGCAAUCAGGGAGGCCACGCUUUUCCAGCUGGACCCAAACAACGGCCCAGAACGAUACGACGAGGUGGCAAAGCUGCCGCUGCGGCCGCACGGGUGGCUGCAGGUGAUGCCAAGACCUUGGGCCUGCCCAGUAUGGUGGCAAAGCUGCCUUCAAGAUCUUGAGGGAGGUACCGGUACAUGGUGCUGCCAGCAAUGGACCAGCGUCGUGCAGUCGGAAGGAGGCGCCUCUCGUUUGCCGAUGUCGAGGGCGGAGGGCUCCCAGAUCAAGGCGCCGAGGACACCGAGCGAAGCCUGUUUCUGGCGAAGCAUCCGUGUCAUGCGGACCGCAGUGCAGUGA